AUGGUCAGCAUUAGCACAAAUUUGGUCGCCGGUGUAAACAAACCUGGUACAUCGUAUCUUGUCUUCUUAGGCUGUGGUGUACUUGGGCUUUCGGUAUCCUCUCUCUUCUUCUUUUUUAUACCGAUUAUUUCUCUUUCUGUAUGUAUCAUUAUCAGCUUUUAUGGGGCGCUCAUUUCCUACUGGGCCAUCUUAGAGUAUAUGCCAGAGUUUAUCAAGCGAAAUAUGUGCGGAAAAGACCAAUGCAAGGUAAGUUUUCCAGAGCCCAUUGGCAUAAUCCCGGCUGUCGUAUAUUUGUUAAUCAUCUUCGUCUUGAUUCCAGUUUGUUUUUUAGAGUGGGUUCUAAAUCAUUCAGAGUUCCCUCAUGAUAAGUUUUUUGCGUUUAUUUCUUUGGCGUUUGGAAUAUGUUCAGCUGUUCUUCUUGGUUUCGCAGACGAUAUGUUCGAUUUACGAUGGCGACAUAAACUUAUGUUUCCUGCACUUGCCUCUUUACCAGUGUUGCUUGUUUACCACGUUACCGGCGCUUCGACUGUGAUAGUUGUUCCGAAUCAGCUGCAAACCAUAUUGCCUUUUGGUAGAGCCCUGGAUAUUGGUGUUUUAUACUACGUAUAUAUGGGAAUGAUGGUAAUUUUCUGUACGAAUGCAAUUAACAUCCUUUCUGGUAUCAAUGGUUUAGAAGCAGGGCAAGCACUCGUUGUCGCGCUCUCAAUUGUCGUUUUUAACAUAGUGCAACUUUUGCGACUUGAAAACGAAAAAUGGGAGCAUAGUUUGUCUCUUUACUUUAUGGUACCUUUUAUGGCUGUUGACUCUGUUCUUUUGCAUUUUAACUGGUAUCCUGCAAAGGGUUUUGUUGGUGACACUUUUUGUUACUGGGCUGGCAUGACUUUCGGAGCGACCUCUGUUAUUGGACACUUCAGUAAAACUAUGCUUUUGUUUCUUAUUCCUCAAAUUUUCAACUUCUUAUACUCUCUACCACAACUCUUCCACCUUAUUCCGUGCCCAAGGCAUCGUCUACCGAAAUAUGACCCUGAAACUAAUACUGUGGGGAUGAGCUAUUCCACAUUUAUGUUGCAUAUCUCUAAAACUUCAUGGAUACGAGUCAACAACUUUACAAUACUCAAUUUACUGUUAAAGAUACUUGGUCCUAUGCAUGAGGAAACUCUAACAAAAAAUUUGCUGGUGAUUCAAUUUUUUUUUUCUUGUGUUGCUUUUUUUGUGCGUUUUUUUAUAGCCGACCUUCUCUACGAUGUUGUGUAUUAG